AUGUAUUUAAAAGAUGAGAAUGAUGAGAAUAAUAAGAUAAAUAUAAAUAAUUACAAAAACAUAUUAUAUAAUAAAAAAAAAAAUACAGGUCUACUGAAUCAACAUAAUGAAUUAGAUAAAAGAUUAAAUUACAUAGAUAAAAAAGGAAAUAAAACUUUAACAAAUAAUGGUGAAAAUAAUAUGAAAUAUUCUAAUAUAAAAGAAAAUAUAGAUAAUAAUAUCUAUGAAGAAAAUGAAGACGAUAGUGAUGAGGAGGAUGAAGAUUAUAAAGUAGAUGAGGAUGAGGAAGAAGAAGAAGAAGACGAUUUUGAUGUAGAUGAAUAUGAUGAAGAAGAAAUUGAUUUAAAUUUUAAUUCAUAUAAUAAUUAUUAUUAUGAAGCCUAUAAUGAAGAUGAUAGUAAGAAUGAAAUUGAUGAGACAAUUAAAAAUAAAAAUAGAGAAGAAAAAAUAAAUAAUGAAGAAAAAAUAGACAAUAGAAUAUGUGAAAAAUAUAAUAAUUUAUUAGCAAAUAAUAGAUUUAGGAAACAGUAUGAUAUGAAUAUAGAGUUAAAUAAAAGAGUAACUAAUGUGUAUACUGAUAAAAGUGAUGAUAAUAAAAGUGCUAGUUGUUAUAGUUGCAAAAGUGAAGAUAGAAUAAAAUACGAUAAUAAUAUUAAUUUAAGAAAUAAUCAUGAAAUUAAUAGUGAAGAUGGUUUUAUAUAUGAUGUUCUAGAUCGUAUUGAUGAUAUUUACUACAAGGAAUCAAAAUAUAAAAAUUUAAAAACUGUGAAUAAUUAUAAUAAUAAUGUUUGUAUUAACGAUUUAAAUUUAAAUUUAAUAAGUGAUUAUUUAAAUGUUGAUAUAUCAGUAUUUCAUAAAAAAACUACAGUUUUACUAUUAGGAAAUACACAAAGUGGAAAAAGUUCUUUUAUUAACUGGUUUUCAGAAAAUUACGUUCAAAAUACUAGUUCUAUUCAUAAACAUAAUCAAAUAACCUAUGUAGAUAUAAAAAAUAAUUUUAAAUUUAACUUUAAAAAAUUGAACAAUGAUAAUUAUCAAUUCGGCUUAUUAAGUAAAUUUAAAAAUAAUAAUUUUUAUGAUUCAAAUAAAAAAAAUUAUGAAUUAUCAAACGAAAAUAAGAAAAUCAUAUUUUCGGGAGAAAAUUGUGAUUAUUUAUUUAAACCUUUUCAAAAAUUAAGAAAGAAAGCUCAUAACAUUAAAAAAUAUAUAUAUGGAAAAAUUUAUUACCAAAACAAUUUAACUAAAUAUAUGAAUAGAGUUAAUUCAGUUUCUUUUAUUGAUACAAGUGGCAUAAAUGAAAGUAGUGACGUAGAGUAUGAUGAAAUUAUAAUGAAUUUAUCAAAAUAUGUUGAUUUAAUAUUCAUAUUUAUUGAUUCUAAUAAAUAUUCUAUAAAUACAAGACUACUAAGGAUUAUAAAUUAUAUAAUAGAUAAUCAAAUAAAUAAAGUUACCAUGUGUUUAACAAGAAUUGAUCUAAUGAAAAAAAUUAAUCUUUACAGAGUAGUAUUUUAUCUAACUCAAUAUUUUCUCAGAAAUUUGAAUAUUUUUAAAAUUAAUUCUUUGGAUGACUAUUGCAAUUCAGUAUAUAAAAAUAAUAAUAUUAUAAGGAGUCAUAAUAAAGAAAAUAGUGGUAAAUCUAGAAAUAAUAAAAUAGAAAAAAUAAAUAUUUUUUUUAAUAAAUCUAUUAAAUCGUUUCAAAAUAUACUACUAUUUCCUAAAUUACUAACCAAAAUGAUAAGUAAUAAAAAUAUAGAUGAAAAAAAGAAUACUUUUCUACAAAGUAACAAUUAUAAUAAUUAUUUUUACGUAAGAGAAGAUGAAGAAAAAGAAAUAAAAAAUAACAGUAUGCAAUUUAAAGAAAAAAGUAGUAACUCUUUCUUUAAUUCCCCAAGAGGCUCUGUGAAAUCAAAUGAAGGUAUUUUUAAAAAAAUUAUGACAAAAAGCUAUAGCUCAUUUAAAGAAAAAAUAAUGAAUACUGAUUCAAUACGCAAAAUUAAUAGUUCUACUAAUAAUUGUUACCAAGAGGAAUUUAAAUAUAGAGGUUUUAGUUAUAAAGAUAACAAUGAAAACAUUAAAGAUAUAGUAAAUAGCAAAUAUGAAAAAUUAAAUAAUUCUUUUGAUAAAUUAAAUGAAAAUUAUAAUGAAUCAAAACAAAUUUACAAAGAUAGUGAUUAUUACUGCUCUAAUAAAAGUCACAAUUAUACAAAAAAUAAUUCAAAUAAUUUGUAUGAAAAAAAAGUUCAUUAUGGUGAUUGUAUAAAAAAUUUAAGUAUUUUUUUUUUUGUAUUAAUAUAUGAAGUUAUGACAACUAUCUGUAAUUUAAUUUACACGAGUGUUAAUAAUUACUUUAAUCCUAAUGAAACAAAAUUUUUAAGCGAAGAUAAUUUAAGCACUUCAGAAGAGGAAAACAAAUCAAAAUAUAAUCAUAAUAAUUCAUAUAAAAUUUUAGAAUUUUUAACAAUAUAUUUACCUGAAAUUCCUUGUGAUUUGUUUAAAAGAGAAAAAUGGAAAUAUGAUGAAUCUAAUUUAAAUUAUAAUAACAAUAGAAGAAAUAGAUUCAGCUGUAAUAUGCAAUAUGAAAAUAAUGAUUACAAUGAAAUCAUUAAAACUAAUACAAAUAAUAAUAAUAACCCUCAAAGAAGGAGCAUACCAGUUGAUUUUAUUCUGUUAGACAAAACAAAUAACUACAACAAAAAUAUAGGUUAUGUUAAUAAUAAUAACUUCAGUGGGUUAAAUGAAAUAACUCGUAAUUCAAUUAUAACUGAUAGUGAUUUCAAUAAUAGAAAUUCUAAUUACGUUUUAGGUAAUGAACAAAGAAGCUCCUAUUUUGCAAAACCAAAAAAUUUUUAUCCUUUUGAUAUAAGUUCCAUACGAAUGAAGAAUGAUGAUGUAAAAGAUUUAAACAUGAUUCAAGAGUUAUUAUUUAGAAUUGAUGAAAGCAUAGAUUUAAAAACAAAUCAGAGUAUAUAUAUGCUUAAAAAGGAUUUACAAAAAAUUCAGGAUAGCUGUUUAAAAAAAAUUUCUGAUAAUAACGAGAUAAUUAAAAAAAAUAAAUCAUUAAGAAUUCAAAAAAUAAAAUUUUAUUUUUUCAAAUAUAUGGCUAUUCUAUUUGGUUUUCUUAUCUCUUUACUGAGAUAUGACUUAUUAGUUUAUUUUAAUUUCAUAAAGCCUGAACUGUUAUUUAGUAUUUUUUCUAAAUAUUUUCUGUUUUUAUCUUCCUAUAACAAAAAUUCCAUUUUUAUUACAAUAAAUAUUAUAUUAAUAGUUACUUAUUUUAUUUUAUAUUUUAGAUAUAAUAAGAGAAAUUAUUUUAAAUCAUUAGAUAAAAGUGAUUUAAAUAAAUUAAAAAUUAUUUUAUUGUUUACACAAAUAAUUUUUGAUGAAAUAAAUCAGUUACAUUUGAAACUACUUGGAAAAAAAAUAAAAGAUGAAAAAAAAUAA